AGAUGCCGACUUUUGACCCACUUUGCUUUCGGGUUCUGUAUGUGGUUCACCCACCACCAUUUUCAUUAUUAUCCGCCGCCACCACCUUCAUUCUCCUAGAUCCCCCGUCCAUGGUGGCCGGAGCUUCUCCACCACCGCACGUACACAUAGAUGACGACGAACCGUAACAGCAACUCACAUGUUCUUCUUCCUCUGCAAUGCCAUCGCCUCUCUCCUUCUCACCCCUCAACAAGCUCAAGCGCUUCAAAUCCCUCAAGCUCUGCAUUUCAAAGUCCCUCCUCAACGCUCCUUCCCUCUACGACGCCGUUUCAUCUCUCGAUCACUUCCACCCUAAGGGCAUUCGCUUACCUUCUCGUGUUCUCGCCAUCCUCUUGCGCCAUUGCUCCGCCUCCAAAUCCUACCGUGAGGGUAAAUUGGUCCAUUUGCAUCUCAAGCUCACCGGUUUCAAACGCCCCACUACGUAUUUGGCCAACCAUUUGAUCUGUAUGUACUUUAGUUGCGGCGAUUUUGUUAGUGCCCGCAAGGUGUUCGACAAAAUGGAGGCUAGAAAUUUGUACUCUUGGAACAAUAUGAUUUCUGGGUAUGUGAAAUUGGGCAUGAUGAAGCAGGCUCGGGGUGUGUUUGAUAGAAUGCCUGAGAGGGAUUUCGUGUCGUGGAAUACGAUGAUUGUUGGGUAUGCGCGUAAUGGGGUGUUUGGUGAGGCUCUGAGGUUUUAUGGGGAGUUGAGGAGAUUGUGUAUUGGGUAUAAUGGGUUUAGUUUUGCAAGUGUGUUGAUUGUUUGUGUGAAGAUGAAGGACUUUGAGCUUUCUAGGCAGGUUCAUGCGCAGGUUUUGGUUGUUGGAUUUUUGACCAAUGUAGUUGUAUCCAGCUCGAUUGUUGACGCUUAUGCAAAGUGUGGAAAGAUGAAGGAGGCGAGGAGAUUGUUUGAUGAGAUGCCCGUGAGGGAUAUCCCUGCUUGGACAACACUAGUUUCGGGUUAUGCAGCAUGUGGGAACAUGGAAUCAGCUGCUGAAGUUUUUUGUGAGAUGCCACAGAAGAAUUCUUAUUCAUGGACAUCGCUGAUUGGAGGUUAUGCUAAAAACGGUAUGGGUCAUGAAGCUCUUCGAGUGUUUAGAAAGAUGAUCCAGCAUCGAGUUAGACCUGAUAAGUAUACAUUCCAUAGUUGCUUCUUGGCUUGUGCUAUUAUUGCUUCAUUGAAACAUGGUAAACAAUUACAUUCAUAUUUGGUGCAAAAUAACAUCAGACCUAAUACUGUUGUUGUUAGUGCUAUUAUUAACAUGUAUUCAAAAUGUGGAAGUUUGGAAACUGCCAAGACAGUGUUCAAUAUAAAUGGAAAUAAGCAAGAUUUAGUAUUGUGGAACUCAAUGAUAUCGGCACUGACUUACUGUGGCUCUGGUAUAGAAGCAAUUAUGAUGCUAAACGAUAUGCUAAGAUCAGGAGUGAAGCCAGACAAGGCCACUUUUGUUUCAAUUCUUAAUGCUUGCAGUCACUCAGGUCUUGUGCAGGAAGGGCUUCAGUUUUUCAUGUCCAUGACUAGUGAGCAUGGUGUUGUCCCAGACCAAGAACACUAUGCAUGCUUAGUUAAUCUGUUGCAUCGCGCUGGAUGCUUUAAUGAAUCAGGAAAUGAUCUACAAGUGAUGGAUCACAAGCCAGGUGAGCAUGUUGAGAAUAGUUCGCAUGAUCUAUCGAGAAAGCUUGAAAGUACAAAACUUGAAAGAGAAGUACAUAAAUUCCCUAUUAGAUUGCAGCUUCAAUCCACUGCUGCUUACUUGUUACUUUCAAGUGUGUAUGUUGCACUCGUGAAAAGGGGGUCUCUUGAGAAAAUGAGACAGAUUAUGCAUGAGCAAUGUUUGAGGCUCAAUCAAGCCGUCACUUGAGUUCAAAUUGAAAACAAGGUUCACGCUUUCGCUGUACCAGAUGGGUGACACCCUCUGAGGGAAACUAUAUAACCGGCUUUGGGACACUCCAGUAAUCAGAUGGAAGAAAAUGUCCCUUUACAGCAUUACCUAACUUGGAAAUGUGAAAGUUGGAGACAUCUUUUUUCAGUAGAUCAUUUUUUGUAGAGCGCAGGAUUAUAGUUUCCACAACUUGUUUAUUAGUAUUUUUUUUUCUUU